CUCCCUCUCUCCCUAGUUACUCCUUUCCUCGCCCAGAAUCUCAAAAUAUUUCUCGUGAAAACUUACCCAGAUCCGAAGUUCACCCUCUAAACCCAUUCCCUUAUUCUUGCCGCAAAACCCGUCCCCUACUGGAUUCUCUCUCUCCUUUCUCAACAAAAAAGCACCUCUCAUUUCCCUCAAAAACCCUCCUUUUCUCUCCACUUUCUAUCCCCAACUUUCCUGAGAAAAUCGCACUUCCAUCAUUCCAAUCCGAUGCUUUCGAUUAAUUGAUUCUGUGGGUUUUGCUUAGUUUUUGAAGCUGCCUCUUGCUUUGCUUUGUGCACUUAGAUUAUUGAUCGGUUACAAGAGCUCUAUAUUCUUAUUCAUCCUUUUCUUUCAUAUUUGGGUUUUUAUUUGAUUGCUCGACUUGGGUGUACAGUGAUAUGCUCGGGUUAUGUAUUAUUGUGUUUGUAUAUAAAUUUGAUGGAUCUGGGAGGUACUCUUGACGGAUCGGCAGCUAGGUUUUCUAAUAGUGGCUUACAAUAAAGGAGGAGUUCCGGUUUAAUCCAUGCAUUGAAUUGGAUUGUGAACUAACUUAGCGAAAGAGGGUAUCUAUUAUUUUUUGUAGUUUGUUGAGAUCAUGGAUCAUGUAAUCGGUGGCAAAUUUAAGCAGGGUCGCAAGAUCGGCAGUGGAUCAUUUGGUGAACUCUAUCUAGGAGUUAACGUUCAAACUGGGGAGGAAGUGGCUGUCAAGCUGGAAUCAGUGAAGACCAAGCACCCUCAGCUUCAUUAUGAGUCGAAAUUGUAUAUGCUUCUUCAAGGAGGAACUGGUAUUCCUCAUUUCAAAUGGUAUGGGGUGGAGGGCGAGUAUAAUGUUAUGGUUAUUGACCUUCUCGGGCCAAGCCUGGAGGACUUGUUCAAUUAUUGCAAUCGGAAGUUCUCGCUGAAGACGGUUUUAAUGCUUGCUGAUCAGUUGAUAAACAGAGUCGAGUACAUGCACUCACGAGGUUUUCUUCAUCGUGAUAUAAAGCCUGACAAUUUUUUAAUGGGCUUAGGGCGUAAAGCAAAUCAGGUUUACGUAAUUGAUUAUGGUCUUGCAAAGAAGUACCGGGAUCUUCAAACACACAAGCAUAUACCGUACAGGGAGAACAAGAAUCUCACAGGAACAGCACGCUAUGCUAGUGUUAAUACUCAUCUUGGGGUUGAGCAAAGCAGACGAGAUGAUCUGGAAUCCCUUGGUUAUGUGCUGAUGUAUUUUUUGAGGGGAAGCCUUCCUUGGCAGGGUUUGAAAGCAGGUACUAAAAAGCAGAAGUACGACAAGAUUAGUGAGAAGAAGAUGCUUACUCCAAUUGAGGUUCUUUGUAAAUCAUAUCCAUCUGAGUUCACAUCUUAUUUCCUUUAUUGCCGAUCACUGCGGUUUGAAGACAAACCAGAUUAUUCAUACCUGAAGAGACUUUUCCGGGACCUGUUUAUUCGAGAAGGUUAUCAAUUUGACUAUGUAUUUGACUGGACCAUAUUGAAGUAUCCGCAGAUUGGGUCUAGCUCUAGAGUACGGCCAAUUGCCAAACCAGCUAUGGCUCCAGGACCAUCUGUAGAAAGAAUUGAAAGGCCCUCAGUGGGACAAGAGAUUCGAGAUCGAUUCUCAGGUGCAGUUGAGGCUUUUGCUAGAAGAAAUGGCUCUGGGCAUGGUCUACAUGGCGAUCACUCUAGACAGAGACCUUCAGAUGAUGUGCCACCAUCCAAGGAUGUGCAUCCUGAUUCAGAGAGGCCUCGCUCUUCGUCACGAAAUGGCAGUUCUUCUAAGAGAGCAGUUGUAUCAGGCAGUCGCCCAAGCUCCUCUGGUGAGCCUACUAGUGAGAAUCGGGCAAGCAGGCUGCUCUCAAGCACCGGACGUGUAUCUACAACCCAAAGGGUUCAGCCUGGAUUUGAUUCUAAAUCUUUGUCUUUUACACGUACUGGUGCUGCGAGAGGUGGUCGUGAUGAUACUCUACGGAGCUUGGAGCUCCUGUCAAUUGGUACGGGAAGGAGGAAAUAGGCGACAUAUUUAUUGUAUUACAUGGCAAUGAACCCGUGGAAAGGAUUGAAAUGCUGAAAUGAAGUUUCUGUCAUGGCUUUGCCUAUCACGGCAGUAACCUGUAUAUGUGCAUGCAUUGUUAGACUAAACUCUAAACCCCGAACAUUAUCUGGAGGGUACGUCUCUUCAGGGAUUCUUUGCCACUAUAAAGCCUCUCCAAGAUUCAUACAAGAAAGAGAUUUUGUUGUUCGUAUAUUUGACCCUUGUAAUAAAAGCCCUGUUGAUGUUAUUAUUUUUUCUUCACAAAA